ACUUCUCCUUGAUCAUCUCGACAGUACAAUCGUUUGGGGAUUAAACAAAGUGAUUAAGUGAAAAGUCAUUUUUAUUUAUGUUUAUAUCAAGAAAAAACUUACUGAUGUUUUGAAAGAUUUGACAAUAAUAGAGAAACAUUCAAGUGAUCAAAAUAUUUAACAAAUAAAUUAAAUAAAGGAAAAUUUAUUAAAGUGUUGAAGUGAAAACAUGAGUUCGAUUCAAGAGAAAAAUCACAGAUUCACAAAAGAAGCUUUGGAAGGAAGCAUAAGCAGUCCGAUGGAAAGGAUUAAUUGUGCUGCAUAUCCUAAGUUGGGGUUGAUCUUGUCGAAAGAUAGCUCAUUCAUACACUUGCUUGAUGGCGCUAUGAACUCAUCUCGAAAAGUUAUACAGAAGCCGGUUAAUGUUUUGGUGAUUCCAUUCGUUCAGGUUCUCUGUGUUGCUAUGGCGUUUUGCGUUAAACUGAUAAGGAAGCUCAACGGAGGCGUGUCAUUUACGAGUUUGGACAAAUUUAUCACCGAAAUAAAUCAACUUAAGUCAAAGCAUCAUUCAAGGUCUUUCAAAAAAAAUGAAAUAAAAGCACAAACAGAAAGUACAAAGUACGAUGAUGAGAUGAAAGAAAGGCUUAGUGCAACAUCCACAGAGACAUCAAACGAAUCAAAAAUCAUACAGAAAGUUGUGACGUUUGCAAGUGUCGCAUUAGUGUAUGUUCAAUUCACAUUACUCAUCUAUCUUCUGGGCUACACGCAACUUCGUGCUGGCUUCAUAUUUCUUCUCGUAUGUGCCGCAACCAUUAGCUAUUUAAUAUUGAAGAUGUCAUUUAUGACAAAUAUUCGCAAAGAAAAGAGAAUCAGCAGAAGGCAACAAAAAAUCGAGAAAAUUUACGAAGCAUUAAACUCGCCGAGGUCAGGGAGCUUGCUUUUCACUCACUUAAGAUUGCGAUCGCGAGAGAAAGAAAAUUGUCUCACAAAGGUUAAAUUACUAUGAAAUGAAUUAUCGUCACGAGAUUUUGAUUUCAACAAACGAACCCUCAACUAUUUAAUUUAUGCUUUUAAUAUUUCUUCUCUCAUUAUUUAAUAAAAUAACAGAUUAAUCGUUUGGAAAAUAAGAUUAACUGUUUCGAAUCUCUUUUCCCAGUGAGUAGUUAAGGUUCUUAACUCGCUUUGCAUGAAAGAUUACUUAUUAAAGUGAUUUGAGUAAUUAUUUGGUAUUUCUGAAAUAUUUUACAAUGUUUAUUUAUAAUUUCCAUCAUAAUUGAGAACUGACAAGACAUUGCUAACUUAGCGGUCUUUCGAAACCGUUGAUCAAACAAAUUAUUUCAACAAGAAAGUUUCUUCAUCUGUUGAAGUUACUAAUAUGAUAGAAUUUUGACAUAUUUUUUUAUUAUUAUUAGUUUUAAGUUUUGUUCACGAAUUAUUAAUAAUUUUUAAGAAAAAUUUACUAUUAACAUUCAAUAAAAGUGAAGAAAAGGAAAUUGCAUUACAACUUA